UAUCCGAAGAGACCAAACAAAUCCCAGAAUCCAUCCGCACCGUCGCCCGGUCUCCUCCGCCUUCCUCUUCCGCCCCCGCUUCCUUCCUUGCCAUCCCCCAAUGGAGACCACCGACCCGAGGUGAGUCUCCCGAGCAGCCCGGGCUCCCCAAUGGCGUGCCUGGCGCCGCACUUCAAGUGGGCCCCGACCCCGUCCUGCGCCACCCACUCGCACCACCCUUCCUCGCCGUCCUCGUCCUCCAACUCCGGCAAGUGCUCCUGCCGCAGACCCUUCCGCGUCCAGUGCGCCGUCUCCUCUGCCGCUGCGGCGGUCGUAGACGCCGACCGCGCCACCGGAGGGCCACUCCGGCUCGUGUACGCCUCCCCGGAAUCCCCGCCGGUUCUCCAGAGAAAUUUUGAGUCAGCUCUGGCAUCAGAAGCAUUUCUGAAUGAAGAGGCUGUUGUAACUGCUGCAGCUGCAGAGGCAGUUGCUCUUGCAAGAGCAGCUGCAGAAGCUGCCCAAGAAGUUGUUCAUAUGGUACAAAAAAAUAGUCCCCAGCCCGUGCUUAGAGAAAAGAAGGCAGUGGAGAACUACUUGGCAAAAGAAAUUCUUCGCACUGAAAUGUUGUGUAGCAGUCUUGAUGAAUAUAGUGAUGAUGUUCUGUUAGAGGACUUGGAAUCAUCACAUGGUGUUUUGAAUGAUGAAGUUGAACUAGAUGACACACAGGACUAUAAGAGCAUAGCUGUGAAGUCUGAACGUCAGUCGGAGAGAAGAGCUCGGAGAACAAGAGCAGCGAUAAAAGCAGCUACAACAGUCCGUAGUUCACAAAAACUUGCAUCAUCCUCGAAGAAGAAGCGAUCCAAGGGUCCCACGACUAGCAUGAAUCCUUUAGGUUCCUUGUGGAAAUUGACUGGUCGGAAACUGCUUACAGCAAAGGAAGAGGUUGAGCUCUCAAAUGGUAUUCAGGAUCUCUUGAAGUUAGAGGCAAUCCAGGCUGAGCUUGCAGAGUACAGUGGUUGUCAGCCAACCUUCCCGCAGUGGGCAGCUGCAGCUGGAACUGAUGAGAAGACUUUGCGGAAACGUCUUGCUCAUGGUAUUUAUUCCAAGAACAGAAUGGUAACAUCUAAUGUGAGACUUGUAAUUUCUAUUGCCAGAGAGUUUGAAGGUCCUGGAUUGGAGCUUUAUGAUCUUAUUCAGGAAGGAAUGCAGGGCCUUAUAAGGGGUGCUGAAAAGUUUGAUGCGUCAAAGGGUUUUAGGUUCUCUACAUAUUCUCACUGGUGGAUCAAACAAGCUAUGCGUAAAUCUGUCUCCGAGCAAACCCAAAUAUUUCGCUUACCAGCUCACAUGGUGGAAGCAAGUUAUCGUGUGAAGGAGUGCACGAGACGACUUCGCCGUACACUUCAAAGACGACCCUCUAACGAAGAAAUAGCCGUGGACAUUGGUAUGCCCGUCAAACGAGUUGAGGCAGCAGUAAACCUCCCAAAGUAUAGCGUAUCUCUUGAUAGCAAAAUUGGUACCACGGACAUGAGUUACCAGGAGGUCACAGCUGAUCCCAGCGCUGAGACAGCUGAAGAGAUGCUCAACAGAAUGUCAAUGAAAAAGGAUGUGCAUCAGGCAUUGGAUGCUCUAGGCCCACGGGAGAGGCAAGUCGUGAAGCUAAGAUUUGGACUUGAUGAUGGUAGGAUAAGAACUUUGCAGGAGAUCGGCAACAUCAUGGGUGUAAGCAGGGAGAGGAUUCGACAGAUUGAGGCCGGCGCAUUUCGGAAAUUGAGGAGCAAGAAAAAGGUCAAGUCUUUGAGGGAUUAUCUAGUGCCUGUUGGUAACUGGUGAACCGUUCUUUUUGCCCACAGCAUGCAAUUUUCUUUCAAAUUUAGUUUCGGUUUUGAGGAUCCUUUACUUGUACCAUUUACCUAGGUCCUCUUGUGAAAUACAAUAUCAGAAUUACGAGAGAAAAAUAGUGUUAGUUCAAACGAAGGAAUCGAUAAAUUUUGCUGAGAUUCUCAAUGUUUAUCUCUCACUUUGAA